AUGCGAGCCAAUACAGAAACGGAGGCUUGGGACAUUCUUCAAGGAGAAUAUCUAGGAGAUCAUGCAAAGGUACAAACUAUUAAACUCCAAACCUUAAGAAGAGAAUUGGAGAAUAUAAAAAUGAAAGAAGAUGAAACUUUUAAUGAUUUCUCUACUAGAUUUUUUGAGUUGAUAAAUCAAAUGAAAUCAUUUGGAGAAGACAUUACUGACAAAAGACAGGUGGAAAAAAUUCUUGUUUGUCUGCCGGAAAAAUUGAAUACUAUCGUUUCAAUGAUUGAAGAAACAAAGUAUCUUGCAACCUUAACUGUUCAAGAACUCAUGGGGUCUCUGAAAUCAUUUGAGCAAAGGACGUCCAGACAAUCUGAAAAACCUGUUGAAGCAGCAUUUCAGUCAAAGCUCAAUAUCUCAAAUCAAAAGCAAGGAGAAAGUUCAACUAUCACUCAGUUUCGUGGAGGCAGGAACCUAAUAUAUAAUUUUCGAAAUUUCAGGAACGGAUCAAGAGGAAAAGGCAGGCCAGAUUUUGACUGCAGAUCACGUGAUAUUCAACAAGCAAACCAGAUGAAUUUUCAGAAACAAAAUGAAGAUUCUCACACAACCUUCUAUGCAUGCCAGAGCACGAUGCAUCAGAAAAAUGAAAGAUGGCUCCUGGACAGUGGCUGUAGCAAUCAUAUGUCACCACCGGAAGAAAUUUUCUGCAACAUUGAUUCAAGCAUUUAA